CGGACAUGGCUCAUGGCCAUACGCUUCAUCGAGUCCCUGGGUAUCCCUGGGCUGAAGUCAGGCCUAACCAAGUUCCAGAUGGCGAUGAAUCUUUCCAUUUUGGGGAUCUGCGAGCCUCCUACCAUUGAUGAGAUUGCGAUAUGGAUCUGGGACCACCCAGAACUGGGAGCAUUCAAAGGCCUUGUGCAGUUGGGCUUCCGCUUGCAGAACCUGCAAUGUGUUCGAGCGGCACUGACAAUUGUGCAGGACCACAUCGACUUCUUUGCGUCAAAAGCCGAGCUGGAGAUCAUGCACAAUGGUCCAUUGUCCACUGAACAUCUUCUGUGCAAGAAUAUCCGCUGGAUCAAUCGGAUCCCAGAG